AUGGUGAAUGAAAAGAUUGAAAAUGUGCAAAGUCACAGUCACCUGCAUCGUGCAGUAAUUGGAAUUGUGUUCACUGUGGCAGUAUCCACAGUGUUGGCCAAAACACUGAUGGUGUUUCUGACCUUCAAAGUCACUUCCCCAGGGAGAAGGAUGAGGUUGCUGCUGGUAUCAGGGGCUCCUAACUUCAUCAUCCCCAUCUGCACCCUCAUCCAGGUGACCCUCUUUGGACUCUGGCUGGGAACUUCUCCUCCCUUUGUGGCACAGAUGCACACCCUGAAAUGGUCACAUCAUCAUCCUGUGCAACAAGGGCUUCCUCACUACUUUUUGCACCUUUUUAUAAAGAACAUCCAAUUUUUUAAUCGUGCUGGAGAUGUAAUGAUUUUGGGUGAGAAAAGAAAAUUAGAGCCAGAAUAUGACAUUCUGAACCUUUGGAAUUUUCCAGAAGGUCUUCAACUUACAGUGAAAGUAGGAAAGUUUUCUCCAUGCUCUGCAUAUGGUAAUCAACUCUCUUUAUCUGAAGAUAUGGUAGAGUGGGCCAUACGUACUACGGAGACUCCUCACUCUGCCUGCAGUGAGAGUUGUGGUCCUGGAUUCAGGACAUCUCUUCAAGAGGAAAAGGCUGCUUGUUGUUUUGAUUGUAAUCUUUGCCCAGAGAAUGAGAUUGCUAAUGGAACAGAUAUGAACCAGUGUGUAAAGUGCCCAGAUCAUCAGUAUGCUAACACACAGAGAAGACAGUGCCUCCUGAGAGCUGAAAGUUUCCUGGAUUUUGGAGAGCCCUUGGGCAUGGGUCUGGCCUGCAUGGCUCUUUGCUUCUCUAUGCUCACUGCUGUUGUUCUUGGAAUGAUUGUGAUACACCAUGACACUGCCAUUGUCAAGGCCAAUAACAGGGCUCUCAGCUAUAUCCUACUCAUCUUUCUUAUCUUCUGUUUCUUCUGUUCCUUGCUGUUUCUUGGCCAACCCAACACAGUCACCUGCAUCCUGCAGCAAAUUGCCUUUGGAAUUGUGUUCACUGUGGCUGUUUCCACAGUGUUGGCCAAAACAGUGAGUAUGGUUCUGGCCUUCAAGGCCACUUCCCCAGGGAGAAGGAUGAGGUGGCUGCUGGUAUCAGGAGCUCCUAACUUCAUCAUCCCCAUCUGCACCCUCAUCCAGGUGACUCUGUGUGGACUCUGGCUGGGAACUUCUCCUCCCUUUGUGGAUACAGAUGCAUACUCUGAACAUGGUCACAUCAUCAUCCUAUGCAACAAGGGCUCCCUCACUGCCUUCUAUUGUGUCCUGGGAUACCUUGGUUUUCUGGCCCUGUCCAGCUUCACCAUGGCUUUUCUGGCCAGAAACCUGCCUGACACCUUCAAUGAGGCCAAAUUCCUGACCUUCAGCGUGCUGAUGUUCUGUAGUGUGUGGGUCACUUUCCUGCCUGUCUACCACAGUGCCAAGGGGAAGGUCAUGGUGGCUGUGGAGGUCUUCUCCAUCUUGGCCUCUGGUGCAGGGCUCCUAGGCUGCAUUUUUGCCCCAAAGUGUUAUAUCAUCUUGUUAAUGCCAAAUAGAAAUUCUCUGCAUGACUUUAGGGAUAAAAGACAUAGUAGAAGAAAUAAGCCUUCUUAA